AUGGUUUGCGAUGCACUUGAUUUGGACAAUGAGGAAGCCGAAGAAGAGAUGUACAAACUGACUAGAUCUUUUGUCAAUCCGCACCGAAAUUUUGAAAUACCAACUACUAAUCAAGUAUUUAAAAUGGAAACGGGUAAAAAUGAUGUAUCUUUAUUCCCGGGACAAAUUGUGACUGUACAAAUAAUGCCUGAAGUAAUACAGGUAUCAAAGAAAGCUAUUCCAGUUCACAUUCCUAUUUCAAGCCCGAUUAGAAUAAUUCUUCACCCAAUGUUCCAUCAAAUGACUUACUCAAAAGCAGUCCAAUAUCUUAAAGAUAAAAGUAACGGAUCUUAUGUCGUUAAACCAACACCAAAAGGUUUUGGAUAUAUAGCAAUAACUUAUAUUGUUGAAAAAGACAAAGCGGGAGUUUCAGUUGGUCUCAGAUUGGAAGUUGAAGGUUGUAAAUACAUAUAUUCAGACUUGGGCGAACUUAUUGUGCAAUACGUUGAACCAAAAGCGAGAAGAGCAGAAGAUCUAAUGGCUCAUGCAAAAUUCAAAUCAUCGGUAGAAAAUCUAAACAGUUUGGAAAUGAAUCCAAAUCAUUCCUCAUAUGGAUUUUGCUUUGAUUAUGAAAUGCCAG